AUGGAAUACAGGCAAGCACUCGAAAUUAUACUUUUAGGCGGAAAAGGAGCUGGCAAAACCAAAUUUAAGCUUUGCUACGAUAAAAACUCAAAGAGAAUGGAGCUGCCUUAUGACGUGGUGCUAGAUAAAGCUGAAGCAUAUGUAAUUCCUGAAGAUAUCGACGAAAAGGAUGGUGCAUUGGUCCUUUUUGAUCUAGCUGCUGAAAACUCAUUACCGAAUACUCUUUCUAUGCUCCCAAAUAUACCCAUUCCAAAAAUCCUAGUUGGCUGCAAUAGUGAUUCAGAGGAGAGAAAAAUAUCAGCCAUUGAAGCAAAAAUCCAAGCAGAGCAAAACGGAUGCAAAUACAUAGAGUUUCCUGAAACUGAUAUCCUUUUUGUAAUCAACAUGAUUAUUGGAGAAAUUGAAAAUCAUCGAGAAAAUCAAAGGAAAAGGAGGUGCGUGAUACGAUUGUCUUUUAAAAGCAUGGAAAGACUACAAAGCAUGGCUAUGAUCAUGGCACUUGUAUCAGGGUUUUUUGGACUUGCAGUUAUGGCCUGUGGAGCAACUCUAGUAAUUACUACAGAAAAUACUAGCUAUAGGUGGCUUACUAACUCGUUUUUGACAUCAGGGACUUUAACGUUUGUGAUGAGCUUUGUCGGUUUCUAUGGGUCUAAGAAGUCAGGAAUUAAAGAAUAUCUUAAGCUAUAUUCUGCGCUGCUUAUCAUAAAUGCGAUUUACAAACUUGUGAUUUUGCUGCUUUAUUUAUUUGCGUGCAACUUAUCAAAAUCUGAAGACGAAGCUUCAAUUGAUUCGGUCACGCUAGUGCUGGUUUUAUCGAUAGCAAGUGAACUAAUCACUUCAAUCAUAAUAUUUGUUGAAAAAUAUGCAAUUGUCUUAGUCUUAUAUUACUUACCACUCCUCCGUCAUAAUACCCAUUUUAAAGCAUAAACUUGAUAAAUUCAAUCAAUAUUUGCUUUAAAAUUAUAUCGAACUGAGAUUUUUUUAAAGUUUGAAAAAAUAAAUUCUAUAAUAUAAAUUUUUAAAAAAACAAACUCCUCUGUGAGUGUACAAUAUUUUUUUUUACUGCUCACGGAUGGGGGAAUUAUUGCUUAAAGUGCUAUCUUCAUUAGUAAGUGACUAGGCUGCAGCCCACCCUUUUAACUCCAAGUAGUGAAGUCACGGAGAUUCUGAUGCCACGCCAUAUUUGAGACUGACUAUCCUAAACAAGUUACACCUUCACACUGCCAGAAAGCCUCAAGAGGUGAGUUUCAUUUGCUUUGCCAUACUCAGCUCCUGCGCAUGCUCCGCUUGAGGGUUGCCUUUCUCGGGGCGUGAUGAAAGGAAAAGCUUUAAGCCUCUUGACACUCUUGGAACAGUUUACUGGCUUUAUGACCAAAGUUGAACCGCUGUUACUGCUUAGAAGUUCUCCAAGAAAAAGCCCAAUCCCAUAAUAAAAUUCCAUGAGGAAGAAAAAAUUAGCAAAUCUAAAUUUCUCUGGAGCCAAAUGCCAUUUUAUUUAUAUUGAAAAAAUAUGCAAUUGUUGAAAUUCAGAGUGCUCCUGUUAUUAAAGAUGAAAAAAGGUCUUUUAAUAUCUUUAACAGAUAA